AUGGCGACUAACCGCCUUUCCAUUGUCUCCCUGUUUUUCAUAGGCAUACUUUCAAGCGCCUCCGCCACCGUCUUCACGCUCCAAAACGGCUGCAGCUACACGGUAUGGCCGGGGACCCUCUCCGGCAACGGCGCCUCACUCCUCGGCGACGGCGGCUUCGAGCUCCCGCCCGGCGCCUCUGUCCAACUCCCAGCGCCGUCGGGCUGGUCUGGCCGCUUCUGGGCCCGGACCGGCUGCGCCUUCGACGCAGCCGGGAACGGAAACUGCACAACGGGGGAUUGCCCCGGUGGGAUCCGGUGCGCCGGCGGUGGCACCCCGCCGGUCAGUCUGGUGGAGUUCACCAUCGGCGGAGGCUCCGGCGGCAUGGCGGAGGACUUCUACGACGUGAGCCUCGUGGACGGGUACAACGUGGGGCUCGGGGUUCGGCCGUCAUCCGGCGGCUCCGGCGACUGCCAGUACGCCGGCUGCGUGGCGGACGUGAACGGGGGUUGCCCGCCGGAGCUGCGGGUGGUGGACGGCGGGGGGGCGGUUGUGGCCUGCCGGAGCGCGUGCGCGGCGUUCGGGGCGCCGGAGUUUUGCUGCACUGGCGAGUUUGGGACGCCGGCGGCGUGCACGCCGACGAAGUACUCGGAGAUGUUCAAGAGCGCGUGCCCGACGGCGUACAGCUACGCGUACGAUGACCUGACAAGCACGUGCACCUGCACGGGUUCGGACUAUUUGAUCACGUUUUGCCCGACCCAUUAG